AGCAGUACCCCUCCGCUCCAUCCUGCAGGCUGCACUCAUGCAUACAUGCUCAGAGACAUGCACUCAAACAGACAAACGCUACUAGCCUGAUACAACACUGGACACACAUGCAUAUACUCUUUUACUUCGAAGCUGCAGGCACACACACACACACACACAAACACAACUAAAAGCUUUCACAUUGCAAGUUCAAAGCUGAGGCACUUGCAGACACUCUUGCCUACAUUUAUAUUUUACAUAUUCGUAAAAGAUGAGAACAACCGUGCUUUGUGUUUGUGCCAGUCUCCUCCUCACAGCCACCUUGGUGCUGCGAACCAGCCAGGCAGCAGACUUCUCUGUCAACUCUUACCAGCGAUGGGACGCCAGAGGACCUUACAAUCUGGGAAUUGAGUCUGGCACCCCUACUUCUUGCCCGAUGAAACUUAGACCCUUGGGCCAUUGCGGGAGCUCUGGGGCUGGGGCUGGGGCAGAGGAAGGGGAGGAAUGCCCCUACCAGCUUACCUUGCCUCCUCUCACCAUCCAGCUGCCCAAGCAGUUCAGGCUGCUGGAGAAGACAAUGAAGGAGCUGCAGAGCCUGAAGGAAGUGGUGAACAAGCUGAAAAGUGGAUGCCAGGAGUGUCGACGGGCUCAGGGGAACGCAGAUUUUGGAUAUCAGCAAGCAGACCAGGGACAGACGCGGGUCACAAAUCAGCAGGAUGUGAGUGAAAAAGGGCAGGAGGAGAGGGGAGAUGGAAUGAUUUCUGCAGCUCCGGUGGAUAGUACUGGAUUAGGCAAAUCAACGUCAAGCCCAAGGACUGUUCAGGAGAUGCAGGACAAGAUCAAUAAGAUGUCAACUAGCCUGCGCAAUGCCAGGAGCCAGAUCUCGGCUCUGCAGGGUCGUUUGGAGGGUCUCAACCUACUCAACAUGGACAACGUUCAGGCUAUUGUGGACAAACGAGUGGAGAACAUCACCGGAGCGGUCAACAAGCUCAGCUCUACCUGCACCACCCAAUGUGCAGCACAGAACAGCCCUCAGCUCAUCUUAGCCCCUCGGGAUUGCUCAGACUACAAUGUCUUGGAAGAAAGGAAGAACGGUGUGUACCGUGUGACCCCUGAUGCCCGCAAUGGCACAUUUGAGGUUUUCUGUGAGAUGGAGUCCUUCGGUGGUGGCUGGACUGUCAUACAGCAACGUCUAGAUGGCUCCGUCAGCUUUAACCGCACCUGGGCCGAGUAUAAGAAGGGCUUCGGAAACCUCGGAGGGGAGUUUUGGCUGGGCAAUGACCAUAUCCAUUUGCUGACAAAAGCCAAAGACAUGAUUCUGCGCAUCGAGCUGGAGGACUUUGAGGGUGUCCGGGAAUAUGCAAAGUAUGACCAGGUCUAUGUGGCUAAUGAGUACUUGCGAUACCGCCUGUCUGUCAGCGGAUACAGUGGGACAGCUGGAAAUGCCAUCAGUUUCAACAAGCAUUUCAACCACGACCAGAAGUUCUUCUCCACACCCGACCGCGACAAUGACAUGUACCCCUCCGGAAACUGCGGGGCUUAUUACAGCUCUGGCUGGUGGUUCGACGCCUGCAUGUCCGCCAACCUCAACGGGAAAUACUACCACAAGAGGUACAAGGGCGUCAGGAACGGGAUCUUCUGGGGAACGUGGCACAACAUGUCGACAGAGUACUACCCCACCAACUACAGGCAGGCCUUUAAAACGGUCAAGAUGAUGAUACGGCCCAAAAACUAUGCUCCGUAAGUGGAUAGGUAAAUAUUUGUGAAUACAUAAAACACUUAGACGGAGAAACACACACAUGGAAGAAUUAGGAACAUGAGGUCUACAUUUUCCUACAGUCAUGCAUUUGCACACAUUUACACAUGCAUACACCAAAAAAGUCCAACAGACAGUUUGAAUGCAGUACUAACAAUAAUUAUUGUGGAACAUUUUGAUGUGCUAUGACUUUUUCUUUUUACUGUUGUGAGUAUGGCCUUUAAAAUGAUGGAUUAAAAUGAUAAUAAAAGAGAAUGAUCUGUAAAAAAAAAACCUGAAAACACGGAGUAAAGGCCAGUCUCCUACAAGGCCGUAAUAUUACAUGGAACGUUACCAUAAGAGAUUUUUUUUUAAUAUAUUUUUUAUUCUUCACGGGUGUCUGACAUUUGUCCACUUUCUGUCCUGCUGUUAUAAAGCCGUCUGAAACACAGCACCGCACACACUAGCAGUAAAAUCUAAUGAGCUAUCAUUUCCUCUGCUGUAUGACUUCAUAAUUAGCAGCAGCCACUCAACUGAGGUAUAUGAGAGCUGAUCAUUCAGUUUUGUGUUUGAAAUUCAUCGUGAAAGACUUCACGGUGGGAUCACAGUCAAAUUGGUUUAAAACUCCUUUAGGGAAGCUGUGCACACGUUAAAGUUUCUGUGCCACUUGACUUAAUUACACCAGAACAGUUUGUUAAUGUAUAAUUUUCCUGAACAAUAAGAAGCAUCCUGUUAAAAAUAAGCAGCCUGAUAGAUUUCCCUCGAGGGCUCUCCAUCCUCUCUCUGCAUUACUGAUGCUCUGGUAAAUUGUUCCUGACAGUAGCCACCGACCACGAAGCCAAACAUUUCCAAUAGUGUUUUUCCAGCCUUAUCUCUGGGGGUUCUGAACUCCUGCACCAUGUUGUUGCCACACACCAGUUUGCAUUUGUAAAUUUCUCCAUGAACCACCAUUUGUACAAUACUGCUCUCUCGUGUUAGGAAACUGUAUAGCACCAUGUAAUCCAUUUGAUACACACUGUGAAUAUGAAAGAUGGAAAAGAAAUGUUUCACUUUAAGGAUGUGUAUAGUAUUUAUUUAACUUUGUCAGGUAUGAUAGCUUUUAUAUAACAUACUGUUGAUCAUGCAGUACAAAAUCUAAAGCUUGUUAAUAGUCAAGCAUCUAUAAGGACCGUGCAGGUAUUUACUGUUGGAUCCAGAGGUUUUUUGGACAAUGACAUGGUUUUUAUAAUUUUUGUCUUAACACCACUACAAUAUAUUUUAAACACAACAAUCAAUAUGUGAUCAUGGUUUAGACAUUCAGCCUUCUUUUAAGGGAUUUCACAAUAAUAUAAAAUAGUAAAACAAUCUAUUUUAAGGAUAGUAUUUCCAUUUCUCCAUUACUCAGGGGCUCAAAAGCAUUCGGUCACAGUAAUUAUCUUCUGUGGUCUUCCAGGCUUUCUAAUGUUGUUUUUUUCCAUUUCUCUUGUGGAUUUAUGUUGUUUUUUUCAUCCAUAUAAUGGCCUCCUUAUCUUGCAUCAUGAUCUCCUUGGACUUCCGAUAAGGUAGCUCCAGUAAAAAGGCUGCCAAAUGGUACCUUAGUACCUGAUAUCAACUCCAGACCUUUUAUCUGCUUCAUUUGUCUUGAAGUAACAAGGGAAUUAACUGCAUGUGGGCAUUUCAGGUUUUUUUGGCCAAGUGUCCAAAUACUUUUGAGUCUCAGAAAAUGGAGUAUUCUGCUUAAAUGGCUGUAAUUCUUAAAUGGUAAAUGCAAGACAUUUCUGAAACCUCCAUUGUGGGGGUGUAUAAAGGCAAAAUUAUAAGGUCUGUCAAUGUCCAAAUAUCUUUGGGCCUAAGUGUUAAUGCCUGUUUAAAGCUUUUGUGUGCAUCAUGCUGAUUUAUGCAUAUAUAUAUAUAUAUAUAUAUAUAUAUAUAUAUAUAUAUAUAUAUAUAUAUAUAUAUAUAUAUAUAAAAUUCAUCUUCAUUUUUCAUGCUAAAGAAUAUUCACUUUUCUAUUAAAAAAGGAAACAUUUUGAAAUCAUAUGGCUGUGUAUAUUGCUGUGUUUACCAGUUCAAAUUCAUACUGAUGAUAUUGCUAAUCUUUAACAGCAUAAUUUGCUGCAGAAUAGAAGACAUGUUCAGCAUGAGUACCCUCGACCAGACAUUUAAAAAAAAUAUAAAGCAUCUAUUGGCAAGGCGUCUGCCAUGGCAUUUACAGGUACCAUGUACCAGGGCUACAUAGUACCUGUGAAAAUAGAGGAUAAGGUGCAGCAUGCCCUGAACAGAUUUGGUAACGAGGAUCUGACUCAAUAAAGUAACUAAACAAAAGACUGAGUCGAUUUGCAGAAGAUAAAUGAUUACACUGUUGCAGUGGGACUUUAAUGUCUGUUUCCUGUUUGUGAUGAUCAAGUAAAUAAAAAAAAAAAAAAGA